AUGGCCGUUCAUGACUUGGGCGUAGACAUACUGGGACCUUUUCCCCCAGCGCGGGGACAAGUAAAGUUCAUCGUGGUAGCUGUAGAUCACUUUACCAAAUGGGUGGAGGUAGAGCCAAUGAAGAUGAUCACCACGGAGAAGAUUCAAACUUGGCUAUCAAGAGAAGUCAUGGGAAGGUUUGGCAUACCAUAUUCCUUAGUCACUGACAACGGGAAGCAGUUCGAUUGCCGCAAGUUCAGAGCAUACUGUGAAGGGUUGAACAUAAGGCUGAAGUUCACCUCAGUAGCCCAUCCGCAGACGAAUGGACUAACAGAAGCGUAUCGCACCACACCCAGAAAAGCCACUGGCGAAACUCCCUUCAGUCUGGUGUAUGGCACAGAAGCUGUGCUUCCAGUAGAAAUCGGCAUGCCUUCAUUGAGAGUUCAAGUCUUUGACGAAGAGAAGAAUGAAGAAUCCAUGCGAUUAUGCCUGGACCUAUUGGAAGAACGAAGACACCAGACUGCAGUAAGAGCAGAAGCGUAUCGAAGUCAGAUGGCUAAAUACCACAAUGCCAAGGUGAAGGGAAGAAGCUUUAUGGUAGGAGAUUUAGUACUCCGGAAAGCAGAAAUUGGCAAGGGAGCAGCAGGAGUUGGCAAACUAGGAGCCAACUAG